AUGAACUUGCUCCUUGGUCUUACGGGAAGCGUUGCUGCAAUAAAGCUGCCUCUAUUGCUUUCCUCGAUUGAAGAAUCGCUUCCGGUAGUCCUCACUUCAACGGCCGAAAAGUUCAUAAAGGAUGUUGACAUCAACGCUCCUGUUUAUAGAGAUGAAGAUGAGUGGAUCGUACGUGCUAAAGGGUCUGCUAACUUUUUAGAGCUGGAAGAGACUGGGCGACCCGGUGUUGCAUAUCCAGGUACUUUGUUUGCCUUACCAGAGCUUAGGGAUUGGUGCGAUGUGAUCCUGAUAGCGCCAUUAGAUGCAAAUUCGCUUGAAAAGAUCGCACAUGGAAUGUGCGACAAUCUCCUGACAAACAUCAUAAGAGCAUCGAUUCCACAUGUGGCCUCAUGCCCCAAAAUCAUGGUCGCUCCCGCUAUGAACACGGCAAUGUGGCAACAUCCUUGUACCAAUGACCAACUGGGGAUAUUGAAAAGCUGGGGCAUGCGGAUAAUUCCGCCUGCCGAAAAGCUGCUUGCCUGCGGAGACUUUGGUGGCUUUUUAUGUGCUAACGUGGCAUAG